AUUUUGGAGCCAACGAAAAUAUAAAUGUCAGUACACUAAAGAAAUCAGACACUAUUAAUGAUAUUGCAGUGUUCGAUUUCGACUCUUCUUGCACGGUUUACCAGUCUAACACCGGCUCCACAAUGACAACAUCCUGGACCAUUUUUACAGCGUUGUGCGUAGGAAUUGUGGUGAUUAUGACCGCUUCAGGAAGUGCGGAUGCUCUACGUCGCCUCAAGCAUCGGAAGCAUAAAGUUGGAACGGUAUCCGAUCCCAUACCCGAUGCGUGGGACUGGCGCGACAAGGGAGCAGUACUUCCGGUCAUUGACCAAGGAGAGUCCGGGAACAGCUUGGCUAUCGUUGUCGCCGAGGCGGUUUCUGCAUACGGAUUUAUCAAAAGCGGCAAGCUGGUUAAGGCCAGUACGCAGGAAUUGUUGGACUGCUGUUUUAAUGGCACAACUCCCCAGCUGACUCACAAAUCGGCGCAGGCGGACGACGUUUACGACUGCAUUGUGGGACUGCAUGGUCUCUGUUGGGGCGCUGAUUAUCCACCGGUCAUCAACCCAGAAGCCUGCAUGGCCGAUAAGUGUGCGCCGGAAAUUGUGAUCAAAGGUGGAUACUCCGUGAAACCAAUGAACGAAACUGAUCUGAAAGCAGCGGUGUAUGCCAAUCCGGCUGCCGUGAUUCUCAACGCGGCCUCCAUAUCGUUCCAGACGUAUCAGUCUGGCGUAUAUGACGAUACCAGCUGUGACCCCACCAUGCUGGAUCAUGCGCUCUUGGUCGUGGGAUAUGGCCAGCUGGAAGGACAGGAUGUCUGGAUCUGCAAAAACAGCUGGGGAGCCGACUGGGGGGAGAAAGGAUACAUCUACAUAGCCCGUGGUAAAAAUAUUUGCGGCAUUGCCAGUGAUGCAUCCAUCCCUAUUUAAAAGCAUUGUGUGACUCAAUGUAUGUAGUCAAUACUCGACGAACGCGACAGCGUUUUUGAUGCUUACGUUGUUACGUAAUAUUGCCGAUUGCGGGAUUUCCAGUGACCGUUGAGUUGAUCCUCACGGGAAAAAUUCGCACUCUACAUAUUUUAUUAAUACAUUUGGCUGUUU